AUGCGCAUCGCAUCUUGCGGAUAUUUUCCUUACUCAUAUAAAGGAUCGCGCCGUCGUGCAUCCCCUCAAGCGUCGCCUGAUCACCGCCCUUCUACACUGGAAGAAAUGCGAUUUACACCUGUAUUCCUCCACCUCUUCAUGCUUCUCUCGUCCGGUGUGGCGGCCCAGGCCUCGUACAUCCCGCAUGAAACGAGGUCCCACAUCCCGGCGGGAUGGAUCCUCGCCCGUCGAUACGAAACUUCUGAACUUCUCCCCCUCCGCUUCGGUCUCAAGCAGUCCAACAUGGACAGGCUAGAAGAAAUGCUCAACGACAUUUCUCACCCUGAAUCUCCGAACUAUGGCAAUCACUGGACGCCAGCGCAAGUCGCGAAGACGUUUGCCCCUAGUCACGAGACCGUCACCACUGUGCGGAACUGGCUAAUUAAGGAGGGAUUCGACGCGAAAAGGGUCAAGGUUUCGGCCACGCGGGGUUGGAUCCAGCUCAACGCGACUGUGGAAGAGGCAGAGCGCCUUCUCAAGACCCAAUACAACGUCUAUACACAUCAAGACGGAGAACAGCACAUUGCGAGCAAUUCUUAUUACCUCCCAAAACACGUUUCUCUGCACGUUGAAAUCGUGACUCCAUCCAUUCAUUUUGACUCUGUGCUUCGCAAACGCGGAGGAUCAUCCGUCCCCGCAAAGAAGAUCGGUCUUCCAGGCGUCGGCAUCACUCCUAAAACUACGGGCACGAUAAAGAGCCUAUGGGACGAACUGAAGAACUGCGACCAAUUCAUUACUCCGAUAUGCUUGCGAGUUCUAUACGGGUUGGUCUACGAGCCGCUCGCAGCGAGCAAGAAUUCGUUUGGGAUAGUCGAAUAUACCCCUCAGGCGUACCUCCAGUCCGACCUUGACAUGUUUAAUCGAAAUUUCUCAACCGCUUUGGUGGGUAAAUCUCCAAAGCUGGUGUCAAUCGAUGGAGGCAUCGUCCAGACCAUUCAAAGUGGAUUCGACUAUAAUGGAGAAUCCAACUUGGAUCUCCAAUAUGCCAUGAACCUGGUAAACAUGUUUGGCGAUAAACAGGAAGUGACGCUGUAUCAAGUAGGGGACAUUCCUCAAGGAGCCUCAUUCAACAAUCUUCUCGACGCUCUCGAUGGCUCCUACUGUACCUUUCAAGGCGGAGACGAUCCCUUCCAGGAUGGCAUCUACCCAGAUGACUACCCCAAUGGCUACCACCAUCCCACGGACUGCGGAAUCGCUAAACCCGCCAACGUUAUCUCGACCUCGUAUGGAUACAACGAGGCUGAUCUCUCGCCCUUCUAUACUGCUCGACAAUGUGCUGAGUACGCUAAGCUCGGAUUAAUGGGCGUCACUGUCAUCUACUCCUCAGGUGAUAAUGGGGUUGCAGGAAAUGGAGAUCUCUGCCUUAACACCGAUGGUUCCCAAACGGACUCCGGCACGAUCUUCAACCCAGGAUUUCCUUCAAGUUGCCCGUACAUUACCUCUGUCGGAGCUACCCAAGUAAAUCCAGGCGCGAAGGUGACUGAUCCCGAAGGUGCAUGCGAGCAGGUGAUCUACAGUGGCGGGGGCUUCAGCAACCAUUUCCCUAUGCCCGAUUACCAGAAGAAGGCAGUCGGAAAUUACUUGAAAAUCCACAGGCCAACGUACUCGCCUGAGAUCUGGAACGCCACAGGAACCAGCCGCGCGUUCCCAGAUAUCUCGGCGAAUGGCGCCAACUACGUCGUUGCGGUCGACGGCAAGUUUUCCCGCGUCUUCGGCACCUCGGCGUCUGCUCCUGUCGUAGGUUCUAUUCUGACGAUGGUGAAUGACGCGCGUCUUGCCAUCGGAAAGAAACCAAUUGGAUUCAUCAACCCAACAAUCUACUCUGACUUUUUCAGCGGGGCCUUCAACGACAUAACGUCAGGAGGGAAUCAAGGCUGUGGCACACCUGGGUUCACUGCUGUCCCUGGUUGGGAUCCAGUGAGUGGGUUGGGCACUCCUUCGUUCCCGAAGUUGCUUGUGCGUUGGCUAUUACUUCCGUGA